UUUCUCAGUACUGGGGAUCAGUCGGCUAAGGGGAAUUAUGGCCUGCUGGACCAGAUUCAGGCCCUGCGGUGGCUCAAUGAGAACAUUGGACACUUUGGCGGAGACCCAGAGAGGAUCACCAUCUUCGGCUCUGGAGCCGGAGCCUCCUGUGUCAACCUCCUCAUCCUCUCCCACCACUCAGAAGGUCUUUUCCACAGGGCCAUAGCUCAGAGUGGUACGGCCAUUUCCAGUUGGUCCGUCAACUACCAGCCCCUCAAGUACACCAAGAUCCUGGCUCGGAAGGUGGGCUGCACCUACCCAGAGACGGCAGACCUUGUUGACUGCCUGAGACGCAAGACUUUCAGGGAACUGGUGGACCAGGACAUCCAGCCAGCCCGCUACCACAUUGCCUUUGGCCCUGUGGUGGACGGAGACGUGGUACCUGAUGACCCUGAGAUCCUCAUGCAGCAGGGGGAGUUCCUCAACUAUGACAUCCUGAUAGGGGUGAACCAAGGAGAGGGGCUGAAGUUUGUGGAUGACAGCGAGGACAAUGAUGGCAUCUCCGCUGCAGCCUUUGACUACACCAUCUCAAAUUUUGUAGACAACCUCUACGGAUAUCCCGAGGGCAAAGACAUCCUGAGGGAGACAAUUAAGUUCAUGUACACAGACUGGGCAGACAGGGAUAAUGGCGACAUGCGAAGAAAGACUCUGCUAGCUCUGUUUACAGACCACCAGUGGGUGGCACCAGCAGUGGCCACUGCCAAACUUCAUGCUGAAUUUCAGUCUCCGGUUUAUUUUUAUACCUUUUACCACCACUGCCAAACAGAGACCCGGCCGGAAUGGGCUGAUGCCGCCCACGGGGAUGAAAUACCAUAUGUGUUUGGAGUGCCCAUGAUCGGUGCCACAGACCUCUUUCCAUGCAACUUCUCAAAGAAUGAUGUGAUGUUGAGUGCUGUAGUGAUGACUUACUGGACCAACUUCGCAAAAACUGGUGACCCCAACCUGCCAGUCCCUCAGGACACCAAGUUCAUUCACACCAAGCCAAAUCGCUUUGAAGAGGUCAUCUGGACCAAAUUCAAUUCAAAGGACAAGCAGUAUCUCCACAUCGGCUUAAAACCGCGUGUUAGAGACAAUUACAGGGCCAACAAGGUGGCCUUCUGGCUGGAAUUAGUCCCCCAUCUUCACAGUCUACAUGAGGUCUUCCCCACCACCACCCGCUUGCCACCAGGCCCUGGCCCAGGCACCCUCAGACCCUGGCCCAAAACUCCAGGUCCUCGCACCACUCGUCACCCCUACCCAACCUUUCCCUCGGAGCCUGAGCCUGAGGGGUCAGAACGCCCGCACCAGGACCUCUUUCCAGGAGACACCCGUGACUACUCCACCGAGCUGAGCGUGACGGUUGCUGUGGGAGCUUCGCUGCUCUUCCUCAACAUCUUGGCAUUUGCUGCCCUUUACUACAAGCGUGACAAGCGGCACGAGAUGCGCCGGCAUCGGCUGUCCCCUCAGCGGGGCGGCCCCGCCAACGACCUGGCUCACAGCCAGGAGGAGGAGAUCAUGUCGCUGCAGAUGAAGCACUCGGAGCACGAUGCUCACCACGACAUGGAGCCCCUCCGGCCCCACGACAUUCUAAGACCUGCCUGCCCACCCGACUACACUUUGGCGCUGCGCCGCGCCCCUGAUGAUGUUCCGCUGAUGACACCAAACACCAUCACCAUGAUCCCCAGCACCAUCACCAGCAUGCAGCCUCUUCAUGCCUUUAACACUUUCCCCUCCACCGGCCACAACAACACGUUGCCCCACCCCCACUCCACCACCAGGGUA